GUGCCGCUCGGGCACUCGUAGUAAAUACUUAAAUAGUCGUCGCUGCCUUGCAAGUUGCAAGUUGCAACAUGCCUUAAUAGAUUACUCAAUACUAUGCUUAUGUCAAACAUAUUUCGUGUAUCAGAAUUUAGUCGUUUGUUAUUUUUGAAAAUGCAAAAACCAGAAGUUAUAUUUGUACUUGGAGGACCCGGUGCCGGAAAAGGUACGACCUGUCAAGAUAUCGUCAAUAAAACAAAUUGUAUACAUUUAUCAGCUGGUGAUUUACUUCGUGAAGAGCGUACUAAGCCUGACUCAGAGUUUGGUGAUUUAAUUGAAGGUCAUAUAAAAAAUGGCACAAUUGUUCCAGUCGAAAUUACAUGUAGCCUAUUGAAUCGAGCAAUGCAAAAUUCAUCAUCUCCUGAUAAACAUUUUUUAAUCGAUGGAUUUCCUAGAAACCAAGACAACCUUGAAGGUUGGACUAAAGAAAUGUCUGACAAAGCUAUAGUCCGAGGUGUUAUUUAUUUGGAGUGUAGUCAAGAAGUGUGUACACAGCGUUGUAUUCAUCGCGGACUGAAAGGAAGUGGUCGAAGUGAUGAUAAUGCAGUGUCAUUGAUAAAACGUCACGAAACAUUUAUAUCUGAUACAAUACCAAUCAUCAGAUUCUAUGAAAAUAAUGGACUUCUAUGGAAAUUCAAUUCUAUGAGAGCUCCGAAAGAAGUAUUUGCUGAUGUUUAUUCUAAACUGCAAGAUAUUGGUUGGAUAAAGAAAGAAUAGUUCAUUUUAAAGUGUUUCCGGAAAUAGGCUUAUGGCAAAAUUGUGCUAACGCUAUUAUUUGUUUUUCGGAUUUCAAGUGCUACCUUUAUUGAAUUUUUACUUAUUUACAAACAUUCCGUGAUAUAGAAUUUUUUAUCGCAUGCUUAAUAGGUUUACGUCUGAACCAUGUAAAGGAGAUGUAGUAUAUGUUACAUCGUUAUCAAUGAAAUAAAGUUUGAAAUAUCCGCAUUCAAAAGUUA